AUUGGUGGAUAACUCUCCUAGUAACCAGCACCAACAACUGCUAUCAACAACGAAUGCAAGGCACAUGAGAAUCGAACAAACUCAUCGCAAGAAUCUUAACCGACGUACAAAUUGAACUGAGAAAAAAACCUCAAAAACGGUAGCUGAAUGUAUGGUUCUCACGAAUACAUGAAGCAAACCCGGUUUUCACCCUCCCCUCAUAAUGUGGAAAUAAGGGUAUUCCAAUCAACACCGACCUACGAUGGAUCAAGAGGGGAGCCAGAGGGGGCAGAGAGGCAAGCUUGGCUCGGCCCCUGAAGAGACCCUGGAUGAAUAUUUAAUCACCCUCCAGCAGAAAAACAGGAUACUAAAGAGGCUGAAAAUCAAAGACCAAAAGGAGAUAGAUCUGGAGAGGUUGGAGCAAGGUUUCUCCAUCUAUCUGAACGGGGCGAACGCCGAAGCUAGCAGACAGCAUAAGAGACCCAGCCAGAGGUCUUUCACCUCUCCACCGCCCGCAUCCAGAACGACACACACUGCUGAUUCCUUGAGAAGACACGCGUCACAGAGAGCUGAGGACGGCGGCGUCGGAGAUCUAGAGCAGGCCCAACGCCAGAGGAGCCGCACUGCCCCGGGAACAGUACAGAGGAGAGAAUGGGUCCAGCAGAAUUCGUUCAAUAUCCGAGCGGAAGAGGGACCCUGUUUGCGAGUUUCCCCGGAAAAGCGCUAUUCUGAGGAUUUUGAGCCGUACGAGAGCGCUGGCAUGGAGGUAGGAACUAGGUCCAGCUCCCGCUCCCCUCACAGUUCCCAUGACGCCUGUAAGGUGUCACACUCUUUUAGCCCCCGCGCAGACAGCCGAGGGAGGCAGGCCAACCCUGAACACAACGAGCGUGUACUGCUCAACAUUGACGAGGUCAAGGUGUUGCGGCGGAGCCUGGAGGUGAACAUGCGGCGCAGCAGCCGGGGGUCGGCAGGGGAGGAGUCGGAGGAGGAGUGGGUGGAGGAGCAGAUUGAAAGGGACGAGAGCACAGAGAGUCUGGAGGAGCUGGGCCUACCUCCGUCCUCCACCAAGGCCUCCACCUCCUCCAGCUACCCACGGCCCUCUGACUCCAUGGGCUGUCAAGCAGAGCCUGCAGACCUCAUCGUACUGGACUUUGGGCCGUCUCCUAAAGGGCGUAAGAUUGAACGUUCUCUGUCCGCUAAGAGGAAAGACAACAUGGAGGCCUAUGUUCCCACCAAGCCCAUGUUGGUAAAGAGCAAAACCCUUGAUAGGCCACCCUCCAAGGAGAGCAGGGAUUCUCAAAGGCCAAAGAGUCGUUUAGAGUGCCCACUGUCUGCUGCCAGGAAGGUGUCUUGUGAGGAUAGGGACCCAGAGGAGACAGCCUGCAGGGUGCUCCAGGCCCUGCAGAGAGAGAACAGCCCGCUACAGGAACCCAGGAACUUCAGCCACAACAUGUCGAGGGGACACCAGAUGAUGAACGGCUCGCUGCGAGAGGACAUCAGGGACCGAGAAGAGAGCAGGGUGACCAGGGCCAUGCAGAGAAUCACCCUCAUGGGCACGAGGCAACAGCAUAAGCUCCUGAAAGCCCUGGAGAAGCUGGAGGAGGACUCGAACUACCGCAUCCCCCAGCCGGUGAAGACGGACAACAGCCCUGCACUGAGGAGGCAGGCCUCGGCUGAGGUGACACCCACCCUGUACGUCACCAUGGAGAUCCUGUCCAACUGGGGGAAUGACAGACAGGUGGGACUGACAGAGAUGCAGUUUCUCUGUCAAAGGAACAGGAAACUGUACGUGUCACCUCAUGACCUGGACAUCAGGAAUGCAGAUUACCCCGGCAACCUGGGGGCCCUGGUCAAUGGAAAAGCUAAGACCACAAAGGAGCGUCACAUGUGGACGUGCCCGUUCCACCCCCCCAUCCAGCUCUACUUCAUCAUCAGGAACGCUGAGCGCUCUCCAGACUUCGGGAUAUCCCGGGUCAAGAUCUGGAACUACAACAGGGGCCUCAGUGACCUGGACAUAGGCGCACGCCACGUGAAGCUUUACCUCAACAGCACUCUGGUGUUUGAGGGAGAGCUGGAGAAAGGCUGUGGCAACCAGGUGUUUGACUACAGCACCACCAUCGACCUCCAGGCACUCCACAUCCCAGAGUCCUUUUCUCCCAGCCCCGUGUCCUCCGGCCACAGUCUGAGGGGCGCCAGCCCGCAGCGUCAUGACGACGCUAGGGGGGCGGAGGGGGGCAGCAGCCAGCGGGACCUAGACUUCAGACUAACAGAGGGGCCGGGCCUGGUUAGAGUAGAAAUGCAGGACAGAACACACACUCCACUCCCCCCCAUCACCCCCACCACCUCCUCCACCCUGUACUCUGUCCAGCGGAGAAACUCCUUCGACUUCCCAUCAGAGGAACCCCUCUGUCUUAAACAGCAGCCGGAGCACACAACCGCCGCGGCCCCCAUGGAGCUGACCGUCACCACCCAGCCCUCCUCCUCCUCCUCCAGGACUCCCCAGUGGCUCCAGCCCCUGAGCAGGGGCGCUCCGGAGGGCUGCGAGGGUGGACGGGAGAGGGACCGGCCCCUGUGGCUGGUACCCCAGCAGUCUCUGGAGCCCAAACCCCCCGUGGCGCCCCCCUCCUCCUCCUCAGUGCUCCCCGAGCUGUCCUGUAACCCAGGGAGGGUGUGCAGGGGCAUGGAGCGGAGCCUGAACGGGGGUCAGUGGAGUGCAGACUCCCUGGAGCAGGGCCCGGACCUGCUGGAGGAGCUGGGCGAGCGGCCGGCCCAGGACAGGCCCGUGAGCGGACGCAGGAGCUCGGCCCGGAACGUCUGUGGGAGCGGGAGACCAGCAGAGGAGCAGCACCAGGGAGCGACUGGCCUGUCCUGUACUGACGAGCCCAUGUCCCUAGUGCGGAGACAGCGCCCGCCCAGGGCACAGCUCCGCAGCGCGCAGGAAGACACCCUGAUGGAAUCCUGGGACUCGCUCACCAAGUUCAACCAGUGCCAGCGAGGACGCAUCUCCAACAUGGGCUUCGAGGGCGACAUCUUCGACGAGUUCCUCCAACGCCAGGGACGGAUCGCGGCCGCCGGCACGGCCCUCAACCCCCCCCGUAGCCCCUCCGGCUCCAACCCCCACGGCGCCCUGCCGGACGACCCCGAGGAUGACCCGUCUGCUGAGCCUGAGCGAGAGGAGGAGUUUGAGAUCCCGGUCCUGCCCCAGGGCCAGCGACUGGUCGUCCACAUCCUGUCCACCUGGGGCGACCGCCACUACGUGGGCCUCAACGGCCUGGAGGUCUUCAGCUCGAGUGGGGAACCCCUUAAGCCUGCCCACAUCCACGCCGACCCGCCGGACAUCAACGUGCUGCCGGCCUACGGGAAGGACCCGCGCGUGGUCGCCAACCUGAUCGACGGAGUCAACCGCACGCAGGACGACAUGCACCUCUGGUUGGCUCCCUUCACCCCGGGGCGGAGCCAUGUCAUUUUUCUGGAGUUUGGCGCCCCCUGUCAGGUCGCCAUGAUCCGUGUGUGGAACUACAACAAGUCGCGCAUCCACUCCUUCAGAGGGGUGAAGGAGGUGGAGAUGGUGCUGGAUGGGAGGUGCAUCUUCAGGGGGGAGAUCGCCAAGGCUUCUGGAAACCUCUCUGGAGACCUCGACCAGUUUGGCGACACCAUUCUCUUCACCACCGACGAUGACAUCCUGGAGGCCAUGUCGCGCUACGACGAGACCUUCCAGGGCGAGGUGGAGGGCUCUGAGGGGCUGGACCACGAGGAGGAGCUCCAGAGGCCCCGCACGGCGGACGGAGAGGGGGAGGAACGGCCCUUCACGCAGGCGGGCUUCCGAGAGGAGGACCUGACUCUGAGCACCACAGGCAUGUUGAAGCUCCAGCUCAACCAGACUGUUUGCCAGUCUGAAGAGACCAUGGAGCAGAUUCCAGGAAUGUACUGUGGAAAGUGUCUUAGGCUGGAGCUCUGUGUGACGUGGGGAGACUCCCACUAUGUGGGCCUGACAGGGCUGGAGGUGGUGGGCCAGGAAGGGGAGAGCCUGCCUCUGAACCUGUCCAUGGUAGCAGCUUCCCCCCGCGACCUCAAUGACCUACCCAAUUAUGGACAGGACCUGCGCACCCUGGACAAACUCAUAGACGGCGACAACAUCACCGCUGACGACGAGCACAUGUGGCUGAUCCCCUUCUGUGCAGGAGAGCAGCACACCCUGACAGUGACCUUCCAACAGCCCCAGACGGUAGCUGGACUACGCCUCUGGAACUACAACAAGUCCCCCGAGGACUCCUACAGAGGGGUGAAGGUGAUCCACGUGUAUAUGGACGAUGUGGCAAUCUCUCCACCAGAGGGCUUCCUUAUCAGGAAGGGAACAGGGAACUGCCACUUCGACUUUGCCCAGGAGAUCCUCUUCUCGGACUUCCUGCAGCCUUGCAGCCCCGGCGGCCUGGACAGCAAGGCGGCCGAGGACUCUGCCUACCUACUCAGCAGGGGAGGGUGUAGAAGACAGGAGCAGGCCAGCAUGGACUAUGAAGCUCCCAUCAUGCCUUGUGGAUUCAUCUUCCAGCUGCAGCUGCUGACCAGCUGGGGGGACCCCUACUACAUCGGACUCAACGGCCUGGAGUUCUACGACCAGAACGACCAGAAGAUCCCCCUGAGUGACAACAACAUCGCUGCAUUCCCAGACAGUGUGAACGUGCUGGACAGUGUGAAGGGCGAUGUGAGGACUCCAGAUAAGCUGGUAGACGGUGUUAACAGCACCCACGAUGGCAGACACAUGUGGCUAGCACCAGUGCUGCCUGGACUGGUAAAUCGUGUGUAUGUCAUAUUUGAUCAGCCGGUCACUGUGUCCAUGAUCAAACUGUGGAACUACUCCAAGACACCCCAUAGAGGAGUGAAGGAGUUUGGGUUGCUAGUGGACGACCUCCUGGUGUAUAACGGUAUUUUGAACAGCGUCAGCCACGUGGCUCGGGGCAUUCUGCCCACCUGUGACCCGGUGGUGCCCUACCACACCAUCCUCUUCACCGACAACGCCCACAUCGCCCACCGCGAGAGGAACACUGUCAUCAGCGCUCGGGGUAGCCGCCACCUGAAACACAACUACGUGGAGGACCAGGAUGUGAAGAUGACCAAUGAAAAUCAAAUCGUCCAUCACAACAAGAAGAAGCAAACGGCCGAUCCAGCUCUUCGACCUAAAACCUGCAUGACGGACCCGGGCAAGCUGGGGAAAAGGAGGUACUGAGUCUGACAGACGGAGAGGCUGACUGUCUCGUAGAAUUGGAGCCAGAUACGCAUGGGAGAGAGGGAACAGAAGUGGAGAGAGGAAGGUUGACUGACCAACUCGGCUCAAAGUCACUCAGGGGCUUUUGUUGCCAAGCCCUGACUGAAAAAGUCCCUUCGCCAUGACACCACACCCUAGUGGAGUGUGUGUCCACCACAGCUGCUGUUCUAGAGGACAGGGCUUGUACAGAAGCACAAGGUUUAUAUGCACCCACAGGAUUGACCCUCCACUUUCUGGUUGGACCGGUCCCCAUCCUUCCUAUGUAGAUAACCACAUAUUCUUAUACAGGUCCUGUAUGCACUGUUAGUCCCUGUAGUGUUAAAGGUUCUCCACAGUGUCAGGGUCAACCUACAUGGCUGCUACUGGCCCUAUCCGUGCCUAGUCCUACUCUCUGGCUGCUCCCUGUGUGAUAUGGUACUGCUGUGUAUUUAUGCUGCUCAUGGUGUACAGCUGGUCAAGGGGAAAAAGAAGCCCAGGAGAUGUGCUUUGCUCACACAAUUUAUACAUUUAUAGUACGGAUAAAUAGGCUAAAGGGUUAUAUAUUUAAUGCCCCUGGCUUUACUUCAUUACUCCCCUAAGUGUGCAUCAACAAGUCUGAAUGCUAUGCAGUUAAAGUUAGUAUUUCACCUGUCUAUUAUAACUCAGUUGGGUUUUGUUGAGGCAAAUGAGGUUUUGACACUUGGGAGACCUUUUGUGUUGAGUUUAGAAGAGCAUCUCAGUUGGAUUCAUAAAUAUGAGUCAGGAAAUCUUCCAAGUUCAUAUUUUGACACACACUACACUUGAUCCUUCAAAAGCAAAAUACAGUAACUACAAUCGCUUCUUGGAUGUAUGUCUAUAUAUUUUUAAGUAAUGUAUUGGUCAAUGUUUUUGCUAACCUCUAGUAGAAAGACUAGUUUGAUAACUAAGUGACCUUUAUUAAAGCUGUUUGAUAUUGAAAGGUCUUUUUGACACACCCAGUGAUAAAAAUAAAAAAUCAAAUUUGUUAACAUAGGAAGUAAAGUUAUUACCUACACUGGCUGGUUUAGGUUUAAAGUCACAUAACAAUGUUACCUAACAGAAACAACAAAUAUGCAAAUAUUGACUAUAUACCUAAAAAAAAAAGUGAAUACAUUUAAAAAAAAAUGGAUGAAUACUCAUUAAAACAUUGUUCUACCUUAAAUGUUUGAAUAUAUUGCUGAUGUUGUAAAAGCUAUAAUCUAGUAGUAUUUUGUUGCAUGUACAGUAAAAGUAAUCCCUGAUGAGGCUAAACUUGUGUUUUAAAUCUGAUGCUUUGUUAGGCCACAAUAUAGGCUAUUAUCCUAUACACUGUAAUCUCUUAUAUAUAUCUAUAUAUGACAAAGGGAAUUACAUGGUUUUCAAAAUGCAGUUUUAUGUAUUUGAUUUAAGAGUCUGUAAAGGUGGGUUUAACAGUGCACCUCAGUCCUGCUUUGAGUGGUGGUAGCUAGUUCUGUAAACUGAAAAUAUAUACAUAAUUUUUUUUUAUCUUGUUAAUCAAGUAUAUAUUAUUUUAUGGUAAGUAUAUUUAAUUCAAUAAAAUGAUGUUUUUAAAAACGUU